GGAGUGGCGCAGCAAGCGGCCUGGCAGGCGGUCACCUACCUGGCCGCCGGUCAGAUGGCAGCGACGGGCAAGCAAACGAGCAGCAACAGCGUUUUGCAGAGUAGGCGCCAGCCUGCCCGCCUGUCAACGGCGACCAGAAACUUCCAACAGCUCCGAGAAGCACCAGUGGCGGGCUGGCCGACGGCCACUGAUCUUCCCGUCGGUCGAUGUUCCCCUCUUAUAAAAGUCACGCGGCUCCUUGUGUUUCCCUAUGCUUUCCCCUUACGUUUUUUCUCCUUUUAGGUGCGAAAUUCAUCUCAUUUUAUUCCAAACUAUUGUAUUAAAACUGUGUUGCUUAAAUUUCUUCUUCAAGAGUGAAUUUCUCAAUUUUGGGAGCACUCUCAAGAUCCGGAGAGGUCCGGAUCCGGAGAAGUCCGACUUCCAUGAAAUCCGAAUUCCGGAGAAGUCGAGAUAUCCAAAUUCCGGAGAAGUCGAGAAAUCCGAAUUCCAGAGAAGUCGAGAAAUCCAAAUCUCGAGAGAUCCAAAUCCUGAGAUGACCGAAUCCCUUUCUAAUUGGGCUUCUAAUUAUCUGUUAAUUCUCAGAGCCGCUGUUGAUAGAGGAGUCGUCGCACAAUCGGCCGUCUCCGUACAUAUUGUGCGCUACAGGGACGCCGAUCUGAGAAGGAGCCGCUGCCGCCUUCAGACCUAUCGCCACCGCCCAGAAAGAAAAGUUGCUGCCACUUUUGCACUCGGACGCGCAGCAGGGAGUCGCCGCCCAGCCGUUCAGAUUGUAGAGAACCGCUGCAAGCCUCGCAAAGGUGUCGCCGCCAUGCGUCCAACCGUAAGUCAUCGUUGCGAGCAGCAAGGGGUAGAGCCGCCGUUGCAACCACAUCUGAAGUUUGAGCCACAGCCGCUGGUUCAAUCAGAGUUGUGCAGCCCAAGGAAUUUCCGCCGCCGUGUUGAAGUGCGCCGCCGCCGUCGAGUUUCGCCGCUGGGUCUUGAACCGCAGCAGCAGGCAGUGAACUUAGCCACGGCAGGAGCUGUGAUCCAGAAAUCAGCCGCCGUCACGCAGAUAGGAGCGCCGCUGCAUCGCGAGCUGUUCCCAUCCAUUCAGAGCCGCCACCAUCCAGAUUGUGUGCCUCCGCCGCCGUCGAGUAAGGGUUUUAGUUUCGAAGGUAAAGGUGGAGUUAUGAGUGUCUACAAGGAUUCGAAGGUGGUUCUGAAAGGUGGAGAGGGGGAGGCCUGGCACAACCAUAGUGCGUCUGAAGAAUCUGUAUGGAGAAUUGAAGUCAAGGUGGAGAUUUGUUGUAAUGCCUUGAAUCUGACCCGUUACAGCUCCGGAUCCAGAGAGGUCCGAAUCCGGAGAAGUCCGACUUCUGUGAAAUCCGAAUUCUGGAGAAGUCUAGAAAUCCGAAUUCUGGAGAAGUUGAGAAAUCCGAAUUCCGGAGAAGUCGAGAAAUCCGAAUCUCAAGAGAUCCAAAUCCUGAGAUGACCGAAUCCCUUUCUAAUUGGGCUUCUAAUUAUCUGUUAAUUCUGUAGUUUGGGGCCCAAGUCUGUUAGGGUUUAGCCAAGAACUAUUUAUAUGG